AUGUCCUCCCCGGUCAGCCCUACAAGCCCUACAUUUACCAACUUCUCUGCUCCGUCACCGUAUUCCUCUGCUUCGUCCGUCGACGACACCCCAUUCGACACCGUGCACAACGACCGCGACCGCGACCAGGCCGUUGUACAGACCAUGUCUUCCUACUCUCCAUACGCUUCCAAUGGCCAACCGCCUCUCUACCAGAACCAGAACGACCUCGUCUACCCUGACCACGACCAGUACUACCAGUCGACGUCAAUGAUGAUGCCAUGGACAUCGCCCGUCGCGAAAAAGCAGCAGGCCAUGCAAGGGCAGUACCAUUCUCAGCAGCAGCAGCAGCAGCAACAGAUACCGGCACAGCAACUGUCUAUAUACAUUCCCAACGGUCAGCAGCAGCAGUCGCCAGUCAUUCACUCGCCUGUGCCCCAUCACCACAGCCAACAGGGCGGCCACUCGCAACAGAACUCCCAUCAUAUUCUCGACAUUGACCUCGACGAGUGGCAUUCGCAGCAGCACCAGUACUCGCAUGCUCAGUCGCAUUCAUUGGCCAUGGCUCAGGUCCAUCCCAGUCACCCAUAUCCACGGGUCAAGCAAGAGGAUCUCUCUGCGCUCUAUCCUUUGAACGGGAACGGGAACGGUACGUACGGACAUGGCCCAGCACAGCAGCAGCAGACUUCAUCCCAUUCCCAAGGACAUAUGUUCGAUCUCUCGGCGCACCAACAGCUGCAGGCUCAGCCCUCGUCGUCUUCGUACAACCUGCUCAACGCGUACUACCAGUCGCAAGGCCAGCAUUCCGCCCUGGGGAUGCACGAACGUUUCGUGCAUCCCUCGGAGCUCUCCCCCGCUGACUCACCCGCCUCGCCGCUCGAAUUCCCUCAGCGGCCCGACGACACCGCAAACCCUGCCCAGGGACAGCCACUGCAACAGCAGAUGACUGUCGGAUGCGAUCCGCGCUAUGUUUCCGGAGACCUCGGCGCAGCAGCCACUGCAACGAGGGACGACGCGCACGAAGAGGACGCAGAGGGUGACGACGACAUUGACGCAGAAGGCGAAGACGAGUACGUAGACAAGGAAGGCGCCGGCAGUAAGGAUGACGACGCGUAUGAGGAUGACGAAGACUACAACGAUGCUGACUACGACGACGACCGGGACGGGGAGUACGUAUUACGUCGAGGAAGACGCUCUUCCGGCGGUUCUUCGAAGCGUAACCUACGUACGCGUACGGCUGGAGAGCGGUAUAACCCAUACCAAUACACUUCCCCGUCUCCUUCGGCCUAUCCAGAGACUCAAGACCAGAUCGGUAUCAGCACGCGUUCGAGACGAACCACCUCAAAUGACUCGUCUUUAACUUCGACGACAUCGUCGUUAGACUACUCCCUUUCCUCUUCUCGUCGUAGGCCUCGUCCCUCGGCGAACCUCCCUGUACCCGUUCCAGUACCCAAUCUCACCAAAAAGUCUCGCGGACGACGUGUACCGACGGUUGCGACCCUGGACCUCAGUCCGCGACGUGGUGGUGACGGAGACUUCCACACGGCCACUGGUAAAGGUGCCAGGGUCCACUUGUGCAAAGUUCCUGGUUGCGGCAAGUGUUUCGCCCGCGGCGAGCACCUGAAGAGGCAUGUCCGUAGCAUCCACACAUAUGAAAAACCGCAUAAAUGUCCAUACCCUGGCUGUGGAAAAGAUUUUAGUCGCCACGAUAAUCUCGGUCAACAUAUGCGGGUUCAUAAGGAUUAUCGGGGUUAA